AUGAACAUCUGUGCUCUAACUAUAUGUCUGGCUAAAAAUCCGAUGACCAAGCAAUGCGAAUUGGCUGAACCAAGCUGCGUCCAGCUUAAAUGUGCUCCUACUGAAAUGAUCAUAUUCCUACGGAAAGAGCUCUUCGACGUGGACUUCGAUUUUGUAUGCCAGGAUUCUAAAACCACUGAAACUGACAGUGGCUGGCUCUUGACUGUUCCUCUCGGAGCCUGUGGAAUGCAAGCGGAACAUGUUGGGGACCAUAUUCGAUUUCAACUUGUUAUCAAAGCAACUGAUGAUGAGAAAGAGGUCUUUUUCCAGUCAGAUUUCAAACCUCAAGUGACUACAACUUGCAAUUUUAAAUCACAGGCAACGAUAAAAUCUUCACGAAUGUUCUCCAAUUCUCUCUCUGACCUUUCUGCUUCAUCAGACCAAACCAUCUACUCUUGGGAAAAAUCAGUCAGUCUCAAGUUCAAAAACGGCGAGUCUGGAGAAGAACCGCUCCACUUCGGCGAUGAGAUUCUAGUGGAAACGGAGUGGGCCCAAAGCGUCAGGAAGAAUUUUCCUGUAGAUUUUAGUCUGAAAAAUUGCUACGUCGAGUCUGAAAAUGGAGAAUUCGAAAUUAUUCGUGAUGGCUGCCCCGCUAGAAUCGUCAAUGGCAAACUGGAAAACUCACUGCGACAAAAAACAUUACGAUGGAAAUCGUUUUCGUUUCAAGAAAAAAAUCACGAGCCACAAAAAUUACGCUGUACUGUUUCUUUCUGUCUUCGGGACAAUUCUUGUCUGGUCAAAACUUGCUGA